CAUGGGCUCUGCGGGAUAAUAAGCUAUACAGGUCAGAUUGCGCGAGAAGAGACUCUACAAUACAAUACAAUACAAUACAAUACAGCAAGACUGUGGAAACGGAGUUCAUGCCAGAUUUCCAGCACUUCCGAUUUUCCCGUAGAAUGGAUCCCGGUUUUGUGGAGAGCGCGCACUCGGUCCAGUAUCCACAGAACCCCGGGAUGAGUUUAUCCGAUCCGGAGUCUGGAGACGCAUCAUCACCUGAUCAAGGUUUCUGCUUUGGGGAUAGCUGGGAUUCAGGCUCUCUGUCUAACAGCUUCGGGUAUUUCCAUCCAAGCGGCUCUCUGUCACGCGCAUCCCUUCCUCAUCUUCCUCCUCCUCCUCCUCCUCCUGCGGCGGCUCUGCGCAACGAUCUGGGCUCCAACAUCAGCGUCCUGAAGACUCUGAACCUGCGCUUCCGCUGCUUCCUGGCCAAAGUGCAUGAGCUGGAGCGCAGAAACAAGGCGCUGGAAAGCCAGCUCCAGCAAGCCCUAGAAGCUAACAAUAACGACAGAGGAUGUGGACAAGGUCCUGGACUGGACUUCUCAACAAACCAUUCUUCAUGUCUGACCAGAACUUCAUCCGGGCCGAGACUCGUUCCCAGAAACAAGAUAUUCCUCGACUCUGGAAAUCUGAUCGACUCAAACUCCAACCUUUCCCCACCGCUCACCCUUAACCCACCGUCUCCAGUCGAUCCCAAGUCCAUCUCCGAUGGUGUCUCGACGGAAAGGUGGACCAACUCCGCACCGCAGGCUCAUCCCAACUCGAUCUGGUUCCACAACCCUCCUGGGAGGUUCAACAAUAGCUGGGAGUUUAGGGUUUCGGGUCCCAGGGUGUCAUGGCCGUACCAGGACGGGGUUGGGGUUCAAAUCGACACCACCACGCCGGAAAUCCGAGCCCUUAAAAACGUGCUGGCGAAAGUGAAGAUGGAAAGGGAUGAAUACAAGCAAAGGUGGGAGGAAGAGUACUCAGUACGAGUGGACCUACAGGAGAAGAUUGCAGACCUAGAAGAGGACCUGUACAUGAGCGAGAUGUGUCAGGAUAAGCUCGCUCUCCGAGUGAAGCAGCUGAAGGCCGAGCUCAUCAUCUUUAAAGGCCUCAUGAGUAACGACCUCUCAGAGUUGGACAGUAAGAUCCAGGAGAAGGCCAUGAAGGUGGACAUGGACAUAUGCAGACGGAUUGACAUCACAGCACGCCUGUGCGAUGUAGCCCAGCAACGGAACUGUGAGGACAUGACUCAGAUGUUCCAGCAGGUGGCUACUCCUCCCUCCACACUGACGCGCAAUAGCAAGCAGGCCUCGCAAACCAACAAGGCCAACAAUUCCAAUGAGGAUUCGGUCAGCAUUUCUGAGGAUGACGAGGGAAAGAACAAAGAUGCGGAGCUGUGCGGUUCAUUAACCAACCCGGUCAACGAGGAAAUGCAGAGGAUGCUUAACCAGCUGCAUGACUGUGAGUUUGAGGAUGACUGUGAUAGUCUGGCAUGGGAAGAAACAGAAGAAACAUUAUUGCUUUGGGGAGAUUUCCCACGACGCACCUGGGCGUUGGACUCUAAUGGAGAGCAGGAUGAGUCCAUAGAGAAGGUGAUAAAAGACACAGAGUCGAUGUUCAAGGUUCGUGAGAAGGAAUACCAAGAGACCAUAGACCAGAUUGAGCUGGAGUUGGCCACAGCGAAAUCCGACAUGAACAGGCACCUGCAUGAGUACAUGGAGAUGUGCAGUAUGAAGAGGGGCCUGGACGUGCAGAUGGAGACGUGUAGGAGACUCAUUACACAGAGUGGAGACAGAAAAUCUCCCAUUCCCAUUUCUGUGACUGUGGAGGAUGCUAAGGAAGGAGAGAAGGAGAGAAGGAAGGCAUGUCAACUUUGA